GCGCCACAGGAUGGGGGGCACCAGCACCAGCAGCUGAAUUCAAAAAGGCUGGAUCAGGGAGUGAGGGUGGGGGCAGGCAGCGGCAGCCCUCUGCCCACCCUCUGCUGACUCUUGUUGGGUUUCUUCCCGCUCCACAGCAGCGACAUGCCGUUCACCAAAAGAGCCGUGGGGCCGCGCUUCCUGUGCAGGCACCCCGUCCCACAUGAGGGGGGUCUGCUGUUCGAGGACCUGGUGUCCAUCAGUAACGUGGCUCUGUCCCGGAGCGUGCGGCAGCUGUCGGACCUGGCCAGACACGCGUGCUCCAUGUUCCAGGAGCUCGAGGACGAGCUGACGAGCACGAGACUGCGGCUCCGGGGGCUGCAGGCUCGAAUCAGCCCCCUCCAGCAGCUCUGCACCGAGCUGGACCCGAAACAGGACGCAGUGCCGGCGUCCAACCUGGAUGUGGAGAGUAAGCUGACAGCACAUUUCCGGGCUCCCCGGCUGCAGCAGAGGAAUGUUUUACACCCCUCCACACGGCCAGCAUGUCUAGAAGAGCUUCAUCAGCAAGCCAACGUCAGCUCCUGGUCCUUCAGCCGAGACCUCCAGAGGAGUCCGUCAGGAAGCGGGGAGCGCAGAGCAAACAUUUCAGCCUCGCCCCCGGUGCCCACGUUCCCCUCCCCUUCCAUCGUCCCCAGGAGAGACAGGAGGGGGGCGGCUCUGACAGCGUUUGAAUCCACCCGCUCCUCCUCCCCCACUGAAUGUUGCCGCCUCUCUCCUUGGAAGCGAAAGGCCGCGCCCACUGACCCUGACACAGACGGGGUGGCCCUAGGUCACCGCUCUAAGUUUCCCAUCCCUAACAUCCCCUCCACCCUGGACAAGCAGACCAACUGGUCUAAAGUUCUUCCGUUGCCCACCCCCGAGGAGAGAAUGAAAAGCAAUACCCAAGUCAUCACUUCAUGCAUCAUCCCCAUUAAUGUGACUGGGCUUGGCUUUGACAGAGAUGCUAGUGUGCGCUGCUCACUGGUUUACUCCCAGUCUUUGCUUCAGAGGAGACGGAAGCUGAGGAGACGGAGGACUGUCGCUUGCGUUCCCAGACAGGUGCAACAAGAUUUAGACUCUGAUGAUUCUCCUGGUUCCAGGGAGCGGACAGUGAUCGUUCAUGUCUCUCCAGACAUCACUCCAUCUAACGACGAGCUGUCAAGCCAUCUCAACACCAGAGACUCAGGCUGCCAGACAGAAGAUUUUCUGAUCCCAGGAGCACCAUCUAGGAGAAGGAUUAGGGUCCACAAGGGCCAGGCAGGGUCCCUCUUACUGUCCCACUCAGCAGGCAACAUCACGGGCCUGUCUGACAGCUCUGACACCAUGUUCACAGCCUCUGUGGCAGUUCACUUGCGUUCACGGAGUCUCCCCAGAGACGGCAGCCGGAUGAUGGACAACAGGCAGCAUGACAGCGACAAUGAGGAGGAACUUUCCCCUUUUAACACAGAGGACUUCCUGCCUGGACAGAGGGACAGGAUCCUGAAGGAUGAAGAAGAGAGUACAGAUGACCAGGCCAUGUUGGAGCUGAAGUACAAGCAGCUGUCAGAGAGUCCAGAGCGCAGCUGGAUGGAGCGAACACGAGCUCAGCUGCCCAGAAACAUGGGCAGCUGUGAGAUCUCAUCAAGCUCUGACACCUUCAGCAGCCCCAUUCACUCUGUCUCUGCUGCAGGGGGGCUGGCAGGUCCGAUGGAUCAUAAGGAUGAACACCAGUCCUCCAGUGGGAACUGGAGUGGGAGCAACUCCACUUGCCCUUCCCAGACAUCAGAAACUAUACCUCCUGCAGCUUCCCCACUGCUGACCGGCUCGUCACACUGUGACUCUGAGCUCUCCCUUAAUGCUGCCAGUCAAGCCAACGAUGAACAGACCAGCUUGGACCACUACCAGGGCCUCAGGACUCAGCGUGUGGGCUCCUUCUCCUCAACAGCUAUGGAUAUUUUAGAGGAAGUAGGAGUUAGCACAGCUGUGGAAGGAGACUGGGGCUACCCCCCUGAUGCCUCUCAUUCUCAGAGCUUCAGUCCUGAGCCGAGCAGAGAGGCUGAGAGCAGCCUGGGCUGUCCUAGCUUCACCAGCAUGGCCACCUGUGAGAGCAGCUUCUCCGACAAGCCACCGUCAGAGAAAGCAGAUGCAGUCUCACACUACUCUGUAGACACUGAAGGUUACUACACGUCCAUGCAUUUUGACUGCGGUCUAAAAGGGAGCAGAAGCUUUACUUAUAACUAUGCACCCUCUGGUUCUGAUUACGCUCUCUCUGACAUGAGCAGUCAUCUGACGCUGGGGAGACGCUGCCUCUCCUUAAGAAAACCCAAGGCUAAGCCAUCACCACCAAAGAGGAGUUCCUCUUUAAGAAAAAUAUACAGUGAGGGAAACAUCUGUGAGAAGAAUAAACCAAAGAUUACACACAGUCAGCAGCUUCCUCUGUCUUCCAAGGAGAGGAAAAUGCAGCUAGCGCUGUUCGGCUCACAAGGUUACAUAGAAAAAUCUUCAUUAGUCAGGGAGCACUUAGUGGUCUGGGGAGUUGAGGCCUCGGCUGAUCUUCCUGAUUUAGGUGUAUUACACUCCAAAGAUGCACAAUCGUUUAAGAGUGAAGGUGUUAUUCAGUCAGACUAUGCAGAUCUCUGGCUCCUUAAUGACUUAAAAUCCAGCGAUCCCUACCGAUCCUUGUCAAACUCCAGCACAGCCACCGGUACAACCGUGAUUGAAUGCAUCAAGUCACAGGAAGGCUUGGAGUCCCAGACAUCACAGUCUGGUUCCAGAGCCACCACCCCCUCACUCCCAUCAGUAGAAGGAGAAUUGAAGCUGACCUCCCCAGAGAAACUGGCAGGCCUGGCAAGCCCGUCCAGCGGCUACUCCAGCCAGUCAGAAACCCCCACAUCCUCGUUUCCCUCCACCUUUUUUCCUAGGCCGCUAUCGCCAGCAGGUGGCAAGAGGAAGCCUAAAGUCCCGGAAAGAAAGUCCUCUCUUUCAUCGUGGUCUCUGCAAUCAUACAAGGAUGUAGCAGCCUCGAAGAGAGAUGUGGAGCUGCCGGUGAUUCCUCCUUCUCACCUGGACCUAAGUGCCCUUCACAGUGUUAACAACAAGGCUUCAGCUUACUGGAUCCAUGCUGAAAACACUUAUCAAAACAAGCAAAAAGGUGAAGUCAAAUCCAGACCUGUUGAGGUGUUCAGUGCCCACACUCUGUCCAUUACACCCUCUAUGCUGCAAUCAGUCCAGCUUCAACCGGCCAGUAAGGAACAUAAGGAUAAAAACAGAACAGUUUGCCAUGCUGAGUUUUUUACUAGUAAUAAACCUCUGGUGCUCAAGGACCUUCCUCUGCACAACUUGUAUCAUGAUGAAUCCCUAAAGGAGUCAAGUGAAUCGGUAUUUACCUCAAAUGAAGAGCUCACGACUGAAGACAGACACAACCAGAACCAUGGGCCUCCUUUACAGAUCCCAACAGCUGAUGGGCAGACUUCAGAGUCAUGUUUAAAUGCUCCUGAAACACUCACUGGUCUUGAAAGAGAACUGCACACAGAGUCACUGCUAACAUCCACUUGCUCUGGGAACUCACUGCAGCAGAAAAGUGAGUUGCCUGAAGAUGAAAUGUGUCCCACCCCUCCCAUUCUGCAUAGUUCCCCCAAGAGAUCCAACAGUCUGAAUAAAGUGCCUGCUGCUGACAGCCAGCUGGAGACGUCCCAGGAGAGCUCAAUCAGCAACGACAGCAGCAUCGAAGUGGAAAACGAUUCAUCAGGUGUUUCAGCCGAAAGUGCCUUGCAGGAUGGCAAAGAUGAAUCCACGGAAGAGCUGGAGGACCCUGACUGCAAAGACUGCACGAGUAGUGAGAACUCUGUAUGUGCGCUGCAUGACGAGUCCAAACCAGAAGAUGACAACGUGUUCCUGUCUCCCACCAAGUCCCGCACCACUGAGGAUCUGUUCGCUGUGAUCCACAGGUCCAAGAGGAAAGUGUUGGGGAGGAAAGACUCGGCUGAGAUGGCAGCGAGGAAGCAGCUCGGUACUUCAGGGAAUGUUUCGCCCGACGACAGCGUCAGUUCCCCAGUCUCUGUAGCAUCACCCUCCCCCGCUGUGACCCCACCAGGCUCACAUCGAGUGUCGGGUCCCAUCUACAGGAACGCAAAGAAGUCCAGCACCUCCAGUGAAGAGUUCAAGCUGCUGCUGCUCAAAAAGGGCAGCCGCUCGGACUCCAGUUACCGCAUGUCAGCUGCAGAGAUCCUCAAGAGCCCCGUCACUCCGAAGUCACCUGGGGACUUUCUGACGGGGUCACCCAGACAGUGUGAGGAGCCCGCCUCCCCCCAGCAGCUGCUCCAGUCAGGACAAGACCAGCUCUGCAGCCCUUAUCCUAAGGCGAACUCUGAGGGCUUUUCCCCAAAAUCCUUCCCCACGUCUGCUGCUUCCAGGCAGGGCCGCUCCAGAAUCCCCCCGCCUGCCAGCAGCAGCCGCUACAGCAGCCGAAGCCGACUGUACUCAGCUCCUAUGCAGGCUAUCUUUGAGGGGGAGACGGAGAACUCUGACGGAAGCCCCCACGAUGACUGCUCGUCACAGGGCUCCACGUAGAAAGAUGAAAUAAUGAUUAUGUUUACAUGGAAAAUGAUCGGACCAGAAAGAAAGAUCAUUUUUAUCAAUAUAAACACGUCAUAAACAGGAGCAUAAAUAACUUUUAAUAAGGAAUAAAUCAGAAUAGUUUCUUAGUUUUGUACAAUAUAGUAAACAACAUCUUUACUACUGGGUAGGAGCAUUCAUAAAACAAGUCAGAAACCAAAAUAUUUGUAUUCUGAAGGGGGAAAACAUUUUAUAAGCUAAUAAAUAAUUCCAAUUCAGAGCACAAUAGUUUUAAAAUAAUCUUAUUUGAAUAAUUCAAGUCAGACUUGUGAAAGCCGCACAGCUUGCUGCCUUCCUGUCAGCUGUUUGGUUUCAGCUUUUCUCCUCUGCUAUGUAACAACAUGUAUUCUGUGAAUACUUCCACAGCUCCGCAGCCUGAGUAUUUCCUAAACACCGUCAGGUCACAUCCAUGUUGCCCCUCGUCCAUCACAGCAUCGCAGAACCCUCUUAGAUUUGUCUUUUUAAAAUAUUUUAUCAGAUGUAGCCAAACAUUUGAAUAUUGUAGA